GCACUUGAAUAAACUGUCAGGCCGCGACUUUACAAUAUAGGCUACUGGAAAAGGCUGCGCGCAUUAUAUAGAAUAUGCUGUGGGAUGUGUGAUUGACAGGCGCGUAAACAAGUGGGUACCAAUGCCUCUUUAGUGGAAAGGGUGAAUAUCUAGUGCGAAGGAGGGAAGAGACGAGAGGGCGGAGACAGAGUUGGUUAUAUUUGAAACAGUUUAUUCUUUAUCUUAUGAAGUGAGCGAAGAGCCAAGAUUCACAUAUCCAAUGUAGCAGCCCAUUGACUUGUGUCGAUCUAUUUUGGAUUGGGAGUUUGCAUCAUUGGCUACAUCCUGUUGCGCAGAAUCUUUUGGAGAGAAAGUGCGCUCGAGAAGACGCAAGUGUAUAAUUUAGGAGAUUAAAAAAAGAGUUGCGAGAGAUCAUUUAUCUUUUGAGUUUCCUUGUCUCCAACAAGACGCACGGAAAUAAAAAAGAAAAUAGAAAGUUAAACAGGUUAUAAAAGGAUAAAUAAAAGGACUGCGCGCAGAGAGGAGCGAUAACCUGAGCAAAGCGCGAUGUUUGGCAUGAUAAAGAAUUCGCUUUUCGGAAAUACCGAGAAGACGGAAUAUAAAUUGCUCAGCAGCGAGACCAAGGAAGGGAUCAGCUACGAGGUGCGGAGGUAUGACGCGGCCAAGUAUGCGGUGGUGAGCUCGGAGGGGCGGACGUUCGAUCAGGUGACCGGCGAGCUCAUCAGGAAGCUGCUGAUGUACAUCGGAGGGAGCAACGAGGAAGGUGAGGCCAUGGGCACAGCGCCCCCCAUCAUCAUCACAGUGUACCCCAGGGAUGACGGCGUGAUGUCACGACGCCUGGUGGUGGCCCUCAAGAUCCCCACCCAGUAUCAGACCAGCCCCCCGGCCCCGGUCGACUCCGCCAUCAGGAUCACGGAACAGCAGGGCAUGACCGUCUAUGCACUGCAGUUCGGGGGCUUCGCUGGGGAGAGCGAGUACCGAGUUGAGGCGUCCCGGCUGACGCGCACGUUGGGAGAGACCGCCCCCUUCCAGCGCAAACAGUACUUCUGCUGCAGCUACGACCCGCCACUCAAAGUCUACAGCCGCCGCAACGAGGUGUGGUUUAUACAGGAAGAGCCCUAGGGCGUUAGGCUCAACCUGGUAUCCAUCGCGACCCCUUACACUUCCUUGUACAUUUUUUAUGUUCUUGUAGAGCCCAGAUUAUUGGAUAUGUUUACGUGACCCUCCUGAUUGGUUGGUUGGGGGGAGAAGCCUCCAUGUUUCUUUAGCCGCUCCGAUGAUCUCAUAAAUAAAUACAUGAACCUCUGGGAAUGGGUAGGUUGGGGUGAUUCAUUUAGGGUCUUCCUUUUGGUUCCCCGGUCCACUCAUCACUCUAUCCAUCUUCACCCGCUAAAGAGAUCCAUGUUGGAGCCCAUGUUUCUGACGGCCUUCAAGGAAUAUUUUAUUUGACAUUUUACAAAUUACAGCCAUAUCGUACCAUUCUAUCAAAAUGAUAUUCAGAUUUUUUGGUUUGUUUUCAAAUUAAAUAUUCCCUACUGAACAUAUGUCAGUUUGCACCAACUAAGGGUUUAAAUUUGACAUUUACACACAUUUACACGGCAUUAAGCAUUAUUGCCAUUAAUUUACAGCCUGUUGUACAAGUAAAAACUACAAUAUACAAAAUCUUUCAGCCAUUUUGUCAAAAUAGUACUCUAAAUGUUUAGGGUGGGUUGUGAGAACUGGUCGAAUAGUAAUUUAUUUAUUGUUAUUAUAAGAGCAUUGACUUAGUGAUUAUGACAUGAACAAUGUCCAUGAAAAGCAGUUGUGUGUUCUGUGUGCUUGUACCUCAGGUAUAAAACUGUGAUGUUGUAGAUUCAGUUCUGAUUCUUGAAGCUGUACUUUGAAAUAACUGUAUAGUUAUAGUGUGUGAUUUUCUGUGAAAAUAUGGACUGGAGAUAUCUUUGGGGUUUGCUUGCAUUUCACAGCCUAAUAAAUCUUAUGAA